AUGCGCAAUACCGUUACGUGCUUCUUUGUUUGCUUUGCAAUUUCGACCGCAGCUGGAACUGUCAUCCACUAUCCCCCCAUAGCUUCAAACAUAAACAAUUUAACAUUUGCCUUGAAUGGAUUUGGUUCACCUGGAAUUUUUACAACGUCGAAGACACCAGACUCGCAGUACGGUGUAUACAACUGGUGCAACAUGCCGCAUGUAAGGCAAAGAGAGUACAUAAUGCCUGGGAAAAAUUAUACCUUGCAAUACGUGGAAAUAAUCCAGAGACAUCACAAGCGUACGCCAUACGCUUCCAAUACCUUUUUUAAAGAAGACGUUCCUUGGUCCUGUGAUGGAGCAGGUGCCACUUUCGGGUCCAUCAGUCCAAACGGCCCCGGUUCAAGUGUGUCGCCCGUUCAGUGGCGUGGAUAUAUAGACCAACAGAACCCAUGGACUACGUCAGUUGGACCUGGGUUCGCUGGGAGCUCAUGCCAAUUCCCUCAAAUAACCAGUCAAGGUCUUGAGGACUCAAUAACUCAUGGAUCUGAUCUACGUGCUGUGUAUGCAUCGAGACUUGGACUUGGUCCGACAUUCGAGCCUACAAAGGCCAUAAUCAGAGUGACAAACAAUGUUAUUACGUCCCAGGUUGCCUCAGGCCUUGUUGCAGGGCUUUUCCCCCUCUCCAAAUCCCACGAUGUAGCUGUUCUGAUCCAAUCCUCUACAAUUGACUCUUUAGAACCAACAUAUUCCUGCAAUGCUGCUUCCAAAUUGCUAUCAGACUACACAACUGGCUCCUCUGGAGAGCUAUGGAAAGAUCACUUAGCGCAGGCAGCACCGCUGUAUUCCAGGUUGGACAAUAUAUCAGGAAUUGCUACUCUUGAUACUGCUGGUUGGCACUCCAGCCUAGAUCAUUACUACGACAAUUUGAGUGCUAAACAGUGCCAUGGGAAGACCCUUCCAUGUAACCUAAAUGAUACGUCAGAAUGUGUCACUCAAAAAGACGCCAAUACAGUGUAUCGACUUGGGAAUUGGGAAUACUCAUACCGAUUUCGUGAUGCCCCAGCAUCGGCGGAGUACUCUAGUCUUCGUUAUGGUGCAUGGGUCUUGGAACUGAAAUCUCACUUGCAAAACAAUAUCAACGGAACGUCUAAUGUUGCGCACGAUGGCUCUGUAUCUGCUCUGCUUGGUUUCCUACAAAUAGAUCAAAUGGUCUGGCCGGGGAUGGGAUCUGAGAUUGUAUUUGAGCUGUAUAGCUCUGCAGACCAGCCCAAUGAACAUUUUAUACGGGUUCUUUGGGGAGGCCAGCCGAUGAAGACAUCAACGCCCUUAGGCCUGCUCGAUAUGAUACCAGUAACAAUAUUUUUCGAUUAUAUUGAUUCGAUGAUUGGAACAUCCAAAGACUUAUUCACAAAUUGCAAUCAGUGA